AUGAGCAAAACUUACUUGAAGUCGUGGAAGGAGAAGAAAGAGAAGAUGCCCAAUGCGGCCCUUUCCUUCAAGCAGAGGCUGAGGAUAAAGCAACAGAAGCGAGUUGAGAGAAGCGCUCUUCUCAGCAAGAUUAAGAUCUUGAAGACAAGGAAAAGGAACUUCCUUAGGGAGCGCCAGAAGCAGAGGGAAAUGAAGAAACAGGAGAACAUGGCCAAGUCCUGA